AUGCGUGGACUUACUGGUUAUCACAUCAUGAUAGUCUCGAAGUACCUCAAGACUAUAAUAGACUUUAUUAACUUGGAGUUGGUAUGCAAGAAGUUUGGUGGCAAUAUGGAGAAGUUCCACUUCAACCCGAUUCCGUUAAAUUCCAAAACACUUGGAUACUUUCCAAACAUCGAGACACUUCACUUGUGGGAUGAAGGAGAUGAGAAUUUUGGCAAUGGAUUUAUGACGAACACAAAAGAAAAUGAAGAUAUUGAAAAUGAAAUUGUUUUAAAAAGAGAAUUUUUCGAAUCAUUGUGUGGUUCAAUGUUGAUUUUGAAAUUGUUGACAGAAACAAAAGUCGGAACAUCGAGUUUAAAAAUGUUACUUACACUCAAAACGAUAGAAAUAAAUUUGGUAAUAACAUACCACCAAUUGUGA